AAGCGCCCGUAACGCCCUUCUCCAGUUCUCCUCUUCCCACACUAGCUUUCCACGGGGGCGAUGGCGAUGGCGAUAGCAGUCAGUAUCUUCCUCCUUAUUCUGGUUUUGAUCGUCGUCCUCUUGCUUUUGUUCUGCAAGCCAUGGCGUUUCUUCUUCUCCUCGUCUCAGACCCGCCCGAUCAAGGUCAGUGAUGUAGAAAGACCUCUUAUUUCUGAUUAUAUGGAUACUGUCCAAAAUCAAAGCAACGACUCGCCAAGAAAUAGGUUUUCAGAGGGUUCACAUCUUCAAGCUGAAGGGAAUUUUAGCUCACCAAGAAAACAAGGACCUGUCUCUAAACAGAGGCUUCCAUCAACAGAUGCACAUUCUAGCCAAGACUCAAACUUGGCUCUAGAUGCAAUUUCUGAUCUAUCAGAAAAUGUCAUGGUUGGUCAUACUUUAAAACGCACUUUGGUUGCAAAGCACCCAGUUGAAGAGCGAAAACAUGCUAGGAGAGAAGUGCCAAAUUAUGGCUUGCCACUCAUUUCUGAAAAUGAUAGUCCUCGAGAGCCUAUGCUUAAGGAUAUCACAGCUCAAAGAAGCAGCCUGACUCUGGAAGUUAUAUCUGGUCCUUCUUGUGGGCUUCGAUGUUCCCUACUGUCAACUAAUACAUCUAAACUUCCUGUGACCCUUGGGAGAACUUCUCCAAGUGAUCUGUUACUGAAGGAUGCAGAGGUCUCAGGAAAACAUGCUCUGAUUAACUGGAAUCUAGAUAAACUGAAAUGGGAGCUUGUAGACAUGGGAAGCCUAAAUGGAACACUAUUGAAUUCCCAGGCAAUCAACCAUCCUGAUACUGGGAGUAGACAUUGGAGUGAACCCGUUGAACUUGCAAGUGGAGACAUAAUAACUCUUGGCACAACAUCUAAAGUUUUUGUUCAAAUUACUCAAUUUGCAGAUUGCCAAAUACCACUUGGAGUUGGUGUUGCAUCUGAUUCUAUGGCCUUACGUCGAGGAGGAAAGAAGCUUCCUAUGGAGGACGUCUGCUAUUACCAAUGGCCUCUUCCAGGAUUUGAACAGUUUGGACUGUUUGGCAUCUGUGAUGGGCAUGGUGGAGCAGAAGCUGCCAAAUCUGCUAGCAAAAUUCUUCCUGAGAUGGUUGCCAAUAUCUUGUCAGUUUCAGAGAAAAGGCAAAAGGUUCUUUCUCUGUGUGAUGCCUCAGAUGUGCUUAGGGAUGCAUUUUCUCAAACAGAAGCAUUCAUGAAUCAUCAGUAUGAGGGCUGUACUGCUACAGUGCUUUUGGUCUGGGCUGAUGGUCAUGAAGAAUUCUUUGCACAGUGUGCAAAUGUUGGGGAUUCAGCUUGUGUUGUAAAUGUUGGUGGGAAGCAAAUCAAAAUGACAGAAGACCACAGAAUAACCAGUCAUUCUGAACGAACCCGCUUUAAAGAAACAGGAGAACCAUUGAAAGAUGGUGAAACACGCCUGUGUGGUUUGAACCUUGCCCGGAUGCUUGGUGACAAAUUCUUGAAAGAACAGGAUCCCCGCUUUAGUUCGGAACCUUAUGUCAGCCAAGUUGUACAUAUACAAAAAGCAAGCAAUGCAUUUGCACUGUUGGCAAGUGAUGGCUUAUGGGAUGUCAUCAGCAUUAAGAAGGCAAUGCAGCUUGUCCAUCAGGUGAGGGAUAGGUAUGCUGCAGAUGGAGAAAACCUGGCUGAAAAAAUUGCCAAUUUCAUGUUGGAUGAGGCAAGAAGUUUGAGGACAAAGGAUAAUACAUCCAUAAUUUUCUUGAACUUUGACACAAUUAGUAGAACUGAAUGUAAAAUUUGUUUUUAAAUUAACAAAGGUUCAUUUCACCAUUCUUACUUGAUCUAGGAAAAUUUUGCUGCCCUUUAGGCCCUUUUCUUUUCGUUUUCUCCAUUUACAACCAUAUAUACAAGUAUAUAACCAUGGGAUCUGGCUAGGCAUUCAAAACGAAUACUAAGAUCAUGGUGUGCCUUGUAGAUGAAA